GAAGAGAAGAACAACGUCUUCAAUCUUCACCGUCGUUCACACAUCCUACAUACAAUGAGCUCUCUUCGGUUUGCACGGGCUGCCCUCCGGGUACGUCCCACGGCCAUUCGCGUCCCUGCUGGUCACAGAACCUACGCCGACGCUGUCGCCGACAAGAUCAAGCUCUCCCUGGCUAUGCCUCACCAGAGCCUCUUCAAGUCCACCGACGUUGUCCAGGUCAACAUCCCCGCCGAGUCCGGUGAGAUGGGUAUCCUCGCAAACCACGUUCCCUCCAUCGAACAAUUGAAGCCCGGUCUCGUUGAGGUUAUUGAGGAGAGCGGUGGCACCAAGCAAUUCUUCCUUUCCGGUGGAUUCGCCGUUGUCCAGCCCGACUCCCGCCUCAGCAUCAAUGCCGUCGAGGGAUACCCUCUUGAAGAUUUCUCCGCUGAUGCUAUCCGUGCCCAGAUCACCGAGGCUCAAAAGAUUGCCAACGGCAGCGGCAGUGAACAAGACAUUGCUGAGGCUAAGAUUGAACUUGAGGUUCUCGAGACUCUCCAAAUGCACGUGAAAUAGAUGCUGUGAUGUAAAUAAUUGUCAACUCUUUCACCCUAUUUCAAAAUAUGUAGAAUUAUAUUCGAUUAGUCGAAGGUUUCCUUCUCAAUGGCAUUCCAUUUGUACUCUAUUGAUGCACAAGUUUACUAUAUACCUCUAUUGGAGCUGAGUCUAGUCUCCGACCUUUCUGGCUUCCAAACAAUCAAUUUCUUAUCAAACCCUCCACUAACAAGCCACUCCUCCCCCUCAACCCAGCCCGCCCAUAUGCUCCUCACUUUAAUGCCGGCCUCAUGCCCAUUCUUCAACAUGGUUACUAAUUUGCCCGUCUUACUCUCAAUGCCGCGGAUAACACCAUCAUCUCCAUUAACCCAAACACCAGAGCCAUCCGGCCGCCAGACAACCUGUGGGGUCGAAUACGCAGUCUGCGGAGCGAAUGUAUUCGCUUGGAUUAUGAUAGCGGCAUCUUCAUGGUUUUGGAGUGCUAAUGAAGCGUUCGAUUGACUGAGGUGGGUUGCUGGGGUCGCUUCAUUGUUGACGCGUUCAUCAUCUCCAGUAUUCCUCUUCGUUGGAAAUAACAAGCGGACAAUCAUCACUUUCAUAUGCGGCAACGUGGAUAGAGCGACUGCGAUUAUACCAGGAUCGCGGGGAUUCUGUGUCAUACAAGAGGGUGAAAAGGAAACCCAAGCAUUGGAGUUGGGCGCAAGGUUUUGUUUUCCGAUUUCCUUGCAACUUCGUUGCUGACUGUCCCGUGUCCGUAAUGGUUCGAUAUUAUAGUAGUAGAUAUAUGUUGAAUCCCGCCGGGAAAGUAGAAGGGUCAAAUCUCUUGU